CAAAAUCAAAUUUGGGGACCUAAAUAUUAUAAAGUGUAAAUAAGAGAAACUUCGGCUAAAAAAACCUAAUUUAAUACUUGUGUUCGUGACCAGAAAGAAGUAACCAGAAGUAACACUUGUGUUCUAGGGUCCGCACCACAUCGCGAUUAGCAUAGAAUUUUCAAGAGAACACUAGAUCACUUCUCUAGUAACCUAUAAAAUCCCCAACUGCUGCUCAUUCAUUCCCAUAAAAAUUUAGAUUCACAUUCAAACUAUCUACACAAAUACUCCCAAUCCGAUAAAGCUUCAUAGCUACUCAAAUCUUCUUCACACAACAUCAAACCUAAGAAAAGAUCAUCAUGGCUUUGAUUCCUAGCUUGUUCGGCGGACGACGGAGCAACAUCUUCGACCCGUUCUCUCUGGACGUGUGGGAUCCUUUCAAGGACUUCCCUCUCUCCGUCCCCAAGAUCUCGAGGGAGACUUCCACCAUGGUCAACGCCCGCGUUGACUGGAAAGAAACUCCAGAGGCUCACGUGUUCAAUGCCGAUGUACCCCGGCUGAAGAAGGAGGAGGUGAAGGUGGAGGUCGAGGAGGGUCAAGUGCUGCAGAUUAGCGGAGAGAGGAAUGUGGAGAAGGAAGACAAGAACGAUACGUGGCACAGGGUGGAACGCAGCAGUGGGAUGUUCUUCCAGCGGUUCCGGUUGCCGGAGAACGCGAAGGUGGAUCAGGUGAAGGCUUCUAAAGAGAAUGGCGUAUUGACUGUUACUGUUCCUAAAGACGAAAUCAAGAAACCUGAUGUGAAAGCUGUUGAGAUUUGUGGUUGAGACUUAGAAACUGCUCUGUUGUCAUAUACAAUAAUGCAAAGUGCGUGCCUUGAAAUGUAUAUUUGUGUGUUUGUUGUGCUAAAAAUUAAUAUUGUAUUUAAGAAAGAUAUGGAAGAGUGAUCAACUUUUUCUUGUGAUA